AUGCGAUCACGACCCCGUCAGCAGCGUUUCAGCACCGCGGAGCCCUGGACAGCUCCUCCGACCUCCUUAUCCCUCCAGGACCUUCAAGUCUGCAGAGAAACAAAGUGGAACCCAAGAGAAAAAAAAACACAUUUUGUUUGUUAUUUUCCCACUUCAAGGAGCUCCAACUUUAAAGUCUCUCUGGAGGAGAUGGAUGUUGAUCGACCAGCAAAUGUCUCCUUUUUCGAUUUCGUCGGAGGAGUUCAGCUUCUCCAGGGGGAGGACACCAGGACAGCCAUGCCGGUCAUCCUCAUCGGGAUCUGUGUGUCUGGAGCUGUUGGGAAUUUGCUGGUUUUGCUGAUUUUCCUCCAUGACUUCAGGAGUGGAGGAGGCUCUGAGGUGAAGGCUCUCCUCGCCUCCCUGGCCUCCACAGACUUGGUGAUCCUGCUCCUGUGCGCUCCGGUGCGAGCCAUCACCUACUACAAGCAGACCUGGACUCUGGGGAGGUUCCUCUGCAGCACCACGGACUGGUUCCAGCACUCCUGCAUUGUGGCCAAAACUUUAAUGCUUGCAGUCACCACCAGAGCCAAACACACCCUGGACCCCUGCACCACCCUCUGCAGCCCGACGUGGAUCCACGCAGCCCUGGCCUUCAUUUGGAUCAUCUCCAUGAUGUUUCCAAUCCCUCAGAUGCUUUUUGCUUCUCUGGUGCCUCUUGGUCGUGACUCCAUAUGCGUGUCUGAGAUGCCAGUGUGUGCUUCUGACUUCAUGAGUUUGUUCUACAAGAUUUAUCCAACUGCUACCUUCUUGGUGCCGGUCACCUUAACCAUUGCGUAUUACACCAAAGCUCUCCACACUGCGGUGAACCAUGCACCCAACCCUUGGCACCAGAGCAAAGUCACCCUGGUUCUGCUGUGUCUGAGCGGGGCCCUGGGGCUCAUGCUGCUGCCAGAGUGGGGGACCUUCACCUGGAUCAGGCUGGGGUUCAACAAGCCUCCUGUGGGUCUGAUCAUCUUUGCACAAGUCCUCCUUUACGCAUGCAGCGCCCUCUCUCCGGUGAUCCUGAUGACCAUGUACGACGACGUGCGCCAGGGUUUGAUCCGCAUCUGGUUCACCUCCACCUGCAGAGGCACGAAGCCCAUCAGCAGAACCAAGUGUCCCCAAACGGAGGGGAACGGUGCUGAAGUCGGGGCCAAAGAGGUGGGAAACGAGGUCUCCAAGGAGAGUGAGAAGACCAUCCCAGAUGUGGAGCACUUCUGGACAGGGCGCAGGAAUACGCACGUCGAGGAGGAGCAGGAUCCGGUUCCGUGGGAGAGAGAGGAGAAGAUGUUGUAG